AUGACUGGUAAUGAAGGAGGGUCUUGGUCACACAGUACGGAGAAAAGGACGUGUGGUAUGGAGGAGAGUUUUAGUGCAACAGUGGAUUCUAGUGGUAGUAGCCUCGUAGAAGUAUCGAAAAAGAGGAAGAAGAAAUUCAUGACACCAACUUGUAACUGUGGCACUUACAUCAUCUUAUUCGAGUCUCACACUUUAGAGAAUCCAAAUAGGUUUUUUUUUUGUGUUUAUACUUCAAGCACAGAGAAGGAGGACGCAGUGGAGGCAGCAGACCUCUCCGAAAUCCUCAACCCAACCGAGCUAAGCGGAUUAUUCGUCGGAGAGCACAGUUUUGACGAUGGUGAUGGUGGGUAUCAGCCGGGGAAAUGCUCAUCAGAUACACUCUUAGCAAAUGAUAUCAGCAACCAAACUUUCUGCAUUGGAAAGAAGGGUGCUGAUCCGAAGAUGUUGCAUCCUGCACUAGAUUGGACGUGUGGACUGGGCAAAGUGGAAUGCUCUGCUAUACGGCAGGGACAACCAUGUGAUGAACCAGACAAUGUGAUUGCAUAUUCCACUUACGCUUUUGAUAGUUACUAUCAUAAGAAGGGAAAGACUCCUGAUUCCUGUGACUUCAAUGGAGUGACUACUAUCUCCACCACGGAUCCAAGUCUGGUGCUAUAUGCAUUUUUUAGUUUAAUUUAG